AUGGCAUGGCUAAUCAUCAUCAUAUCAUUAAUUGUUCUCUGGGUCGCUUCUCUUUGCAAAAUUUUUCGUGGAUCCUUCCAUGAUGCUAAAGCUGCAUUCUUAAAUGAUGGAAGUGUUUUUGGAAGGAGAAACGUCUUACUGGUUAUUGCGCAUCCUGAUGAUGAGUCUAUGUUCUUUACUCCAGCCAUUAAUUACCUAACUUCAAGGGGACAUUAUCUUUACAUACUAUGCUUGUCAACUGGCGAUGCAGAUGGGAUGGGUAGUAUUAGAAAAGAAGAACUCUCUCUGGCCUCCACAAUACUCAAGAUUCCUCACCAGCAAGUGAAGAUUCUGGACCAUUCAGAUUUGCAGGAUGGUUUUGGUAAAGUAUGGGAUUGGAAUCUAAUAGCAGGAUUUGUUGAGGACGAAAUUCGUGCCCAUGCUAUUGACUCAAUCAUUACAUUUGAUGACUAUGGUGUCUCUGGUCACUGUAACCACCGUGACGUGCAUCGAGGUGUACAAAAGCUGUUGCAUGACUUUUCAGAAAGACCUCUCAAAGCCUGGGAGCUUGUGAGUACGAGCAUAUUCCGCAAGUACAGUGGACCGGUUGAUAUCUGGUUAUCCAAGUUAUUUGCCUGGUUUUGUGAAAGUAGACAAUUACAAUGCUUGCUCAAUGAAGAUCCCAGUAAGACUUAUGCUGCAAUGGCACAACACAGAAGCCAAUGGAUUUGGUUCCGAAAGCUUUUUGUGUUGUUUUCGAGUUAUACUUAUGUCAACACUCUUAAGAGGAUUCAGUGA